AUGGUGCUAGAAGCGUCCCACUAUGAAAUUUUGGGUUUGGAGGCGAAUUGCGAUCUUUUAGAGGUCAAAAAAGCUUAUAAAGACAAGCUUUUAAGCUCACAUCCGGACAAAAGUCUUAAUCGUGAGCAGAGGCAAGAGAUCAUCGGCACUGGAAGCAAGACUUCCAUUGAAAAAAUAAAACAAGCUUACAGAGUACUCUCAGAUGCAAAGAGCCGAGCAAAUUACGACAUCCUGCUCGCUGAAUCGUACAAAAAACACGGUUUUCACAAUAGUGGAGAGGGCUUGGAUUCGUACUCGCUGGACGAGUUCAAACACGAUGAAGACACUGCCGCUUUUUGCAUGAGUUGUCCGCGUUGCCUGGCGCCUGACAGUUUUGAAUUUACAGAAGACAUGCUCGAGGAAAACGGGCUGGAAAAUCCAAGUGGUGGCUUUCUUAUCGUGGUGCAGUGCAGUGCGUGCAGUCUGUGGCUUACGGUGACUUUCGAUAUUGCCGAGGAAGACUGA